CAGACUGUCAGAGCAGAAGGCUGUUCAGUUGUAGAUAUAACUGAGCCAGUCUGGGCUUCUGGGUUCAGUAGUCCAGCAGCAGCAGCAGCGUGGAGAGCGAGGACCAUCACUCACUUCUCAUGUCCAAUGCUGCUUUAAGGACUUCUGCGCUGAUGGACAAAUCUCAGAUCCAUCUUUUGCACUUUGUUGAAAGAAGAUCUGGUGCAGGAUGUUCUCCAGCGUGAAAAGCGCUCGGCUCGUGCACACGGGAACAGCUGGAAAAGGCGCGCGCUCUCAGGAGCCGCACGGAGAUGCGUCCGCACGGCACGUGCUCGCAAACAACUCCUGGAUUUUAGUGAAAUAAAUGGAUGACAGAAAGCGCAGUGGGGGUCUUUCAAAUCCUCUGUGCAGCACUGUGCAUUGAUGCCAAGCUCUAUAUGCUCUCUGUCCUGAAGAAGACAGGGGGGGAAAUGGAGAAGAGGACAGGCGAAGUGUCGGGAGAAGUUUGAGCGCACAGGAGCAGGUGCUUUCCCGAGCUGAACGAGCAGCACAGGUUUUACUAUCCAUGGCAAUGUUACACAGCAGUGAAUGGUGGUGGAAUGACUCUGAGCGAUCUGCAAAUGCGAUGCCGAACUCCAGCCUGGGUCCAGCUGUGGAGGAUGUGGUGCGCAACUACUACGCCAUGCUCUAUUCGCUACUUAUCCUGGCGAUUGUAUUCGGGAAUGUGCUAGUUUGUUUGGCAGUGGUCAGAGAGAAGUCGCUUCAAACCACGACCAAUUAUCUUGUGGUUAGUCUGGCUGUGGCUGAUCUGCUGGUGGCUUCGCUGGUCAUGCCUUGGGCUGUCUAUUUAGAGGUGGUUGGUGGCUCUUGGCUCUUUAGCCGUUUGUAUUGCAAUAUUUUUGUGACGUUGGACGUGAUGAUGUGUACAGCCAGCAUCCUCAACCUGUGCGCCAUCAGCAUCGACAGGUACACAGCCGUGGUGAUGCCUGUACUGUACAACACAACUGACAGUUCACGUAAAAGAGUGUCAGUCAUGAUAGCCACAGUGUGGAUCCUGGCCUUCGCUGUCUCCUGCCCUUUACUGUUUGGCUUCAACACCACAGACGAUCCACUGGUGUGCUCCAUAUCGAACCCUGAUUUUGUCAUCUACUCAUCUGUAGUAUCGUUCUACCUUCCCUUCGUGGUGACGUUGCUGGUUUACGUGCGCAUCUACAUCUUCCUCAGGAGGAGGAGGAAGAGGAUAACGUUCCGGCAAGCCAGCAGUGAAGCUCCACCAGGAUCUACACUGCCAACUGCAGAGACCUGUUUGCAAGAGGACACUCGAAAAGAUAGACGUGACCUGUCUCCCAUCAGGAUCAAUGUGGUAAAUGAGAGCACAGAGAAGGUGGUUCGUCCCCGGCUGCUCCCAGGCUGCCUACGGCGUAAACGACCCAAGACCGUCCCCGUUGAUAACUCUCUCCUUCCCCCGGCGGACACGCCGAACUACUGCAGCAUUAGCCAGGCCUCCUUCGCACGUACAGAACCCGAGCCCAACCGCGAGGAAGAGGCAGGGCAAGAAGAAGAAGAGCAGGCGACUGUGAGGAGUAGUGAGGUGAAGGAGAUGUCUAAUGGACGUGCUCUCACCACAGUUCGGCCUGCUCGAGUCUCACGAUGCAACAACCAGAGCCGCUACAGGAACCGACAGUCCAGAGAGAAGAAAGCCACACAGAUGCUGGCUAUUGUACUGGGGGUCUUUCUCAUCUGCUGGUUGCCCUUCUUUGUGACUCACAUCUUGAACACUCACUGCAGGAAGUGUCAUGUGCCACCCGAGCUGUACAGCGCCUUUACCUGGCUCGGCUACGUCAACAGCGCCCUCAAUCCGGUCAUUUACACCACCUUCAACAUCGAGUUUCGAAGAGCCUUCAUCAAAAUCCUGACCUGCUGAUCUUGACUUUGCAAUUCUUCAAACAUUUCUGCUCUAGGAUUGAGUGCCAAAAUGUCAAAGAACUUUGAAAGCUGGUCGUAGACUGGCCAUGUUCGAAAUCACUUCAUGCUUCCAACAAAGAGCCCCAGUGAACUGGACAUUUAAGAGGCCACAGGAUUCAGUAAUGAAACGAGGGAAUAGAGUGCUAGGCUUCUUGAUUCUAGGAUGAUUGAACUGAAGACUAUCAAGGGAAAAGUGAUUUGGAUCAUGUAAACAACACUCAAGAAUGCAAUUGGCAUCCGUUGGACUAAAAGCGGGUGGAUUACAUAUCACUUGAGGACCUGAUCUGCGUAAUAUGACCUAAAAGUGGUUUGGGUUGCAUAUCAGGAGAUCUCAAGGGCUCAAUCAGCAUCCGAGCCUGUACAAAUCAUGGACGUAACCAGACUUUGUUCUGUUCCUUACACACUUAAAGAAGCUGUUUUUCCAGUUUCUGGUCUGGUGCUUCAUCUGUAUUUGCAUGUGUCUCUAAGAGUCUGUCUCUGCCCUUUUGGGUGGAAAUGUUCAGAAAGCGUCCAUCCAGUGUUUGAGGAAGUGAAGUAUUAUUAAGUCUAGUACACGUCUGGGACUAGCUUCUUUAAAUGGGAUGCUUUGAGGUCUGAGUGGCACCUAAGACUUAUGAAAACCAUGCUGGGGGCCAUUACAUUUGUAACAUGUUUAUAUUAUUGUAAAUUAAAGCAAAAA